AUGUUCGACCCUCGUUUGUGCACGCCUGCCUCUCCCGUUGAUUCCGCUAUGUUCCCACCCGUGUACAACCGUUCAUCUUCUUCGUCGUCGACGGCCUCCAUGUCUUCAGACACUCCACUUACUACUGUCAAUACGAAUGGAGCUAAAUCACCUAUCGUCAUUUUUAAAGAUGAACUCGAGCCGUUUGAGUUUCAAGCACGUCCUAAUUUGGUCCCGACGCCUCGGUCCCAGGCUGCCACGUCCCUCGGUUCCGUCUUUGGAGAUCAAGAUCUGAUCGAUGCUAUCAUGUGCAGUCUUAAUACGGAGCAACAUACCAAUUCAAACGUCAACAAUCUUCAUGUCUCCACCAUCCCCGCGUUUAGCACAGGCAUGUCCAUGCCUAGACAAGUUCAGCAUAUUCAGGUUCUGCAGCCACAGUCGUUCACUGCAUUAAUGCAGCAGCGGCCGAUCAAUGUCCCAAUGGCUGACGGUCGGAUGAAAUCGACCAUGGUUGGUCCAUGUCUUCGAAAGCCAGGUACUUUUCUCAAUAAAGAUGGUCGAUGGAUUAAGGGCAAACCUUGCCGAAUGGAAGGCUGUGACAAGCGCGCACAAUCAAACGGGCUAUGCAAGGGCCAUGGAGGUGGUGCUCGAUGCAGCUUUAUGGGUUGCAGCAAGUCGUCGCAGGGCGGGGGGUUUCUGCCGUGCACAUGGCGGAGGCAAGCGGUGUAUGCACGAAGGAUGUGA